AUGCACCUCCUCAGCAGUAGUAUGGAGGAGGUAGUCAGGCAACUAGAAGUGGUAACCAGGGGGGGUACCGCGCAAGCGUGGGUGUACUCAUUGACGCCACGUGAUGCAGAGAACACCAGCAAUGUGGUGACAGGUGCAACCCACUCGUUUGUAUCUCGGGGAUUUUCUAGAGUUUGUGGUGUUGAGGCUCACUUGGUAGAGGUCGAGUUAGGUGUGGUCAUGCUGACAAGGUCGAUUAUUAUGUGCAAUAAGGUGGUUAGAGACCACCCAGUGGAGAUUCAAGGGAGGAGGUUACCUGCUAUACUAAUUGUUCUUGAGAUGCAGAGAUUUGAUAUUAUUUUAGGGAUGGAUUGGUUAGCAUCUAGCUAUGCGAGCAUAGAUUGCCAAAAGAAGGAGGCAGUGUUUAGACCUCUUGGAGAACAGGAGUUUAAUUUUAUCAGGUCGUGUGUACGCUCUGCACCACAGAUCCUCUCGGCGAUGCAAGCGAUAAGGUUACUCCUGGAUGGCUUCCCGGGGUACCUGGCGUGUGUGAAAGCGGUACCAAAGGAGGGACUGAAGUUGGAGGAUAUUCCAGUGAUACGGGAGUUCUCGAACGUACUUCCCGAGGACUUACCUAGAUUGCCUCGAGAUCGUGAGGUGGAGUUCGCUAUUGAGUUAGCACCAGGGACGACACCAAUCUCCAAGGUGCCUUACUGA